AUGGGCGAGGGCAAAAACGACCGUCCCGGCAAAAGGCAAAGAUCCUCCACUCGCGGUGUCGGCAAGUCGUCCUCGGAUUCCGAGGUAGCGCACGGUAAGGGCAAAGGGAAAGGGCGUAAGAGCAAGACUAAGGAAAGAUGGCCGUUCCUCGAAAAACUGACGGUCGACGAGCUGGCUCGCUAUCGGAGAAAACGCGUGCAGGAUCAACCGAAGGACAAUCUACAGAGUCAUCCGGAUUCGGUACUUCAGUAUCCUGCUUCUGAAUAUCGGCGCGCGUUUGGUGCGAAUGUAAAAGAACUGACUAAGGAAAAUUUUUGGCCUGAAGAUUAUUUAGGUGUAGAUGGAACUCUCGAAAAUGCGCAAUCUUCGUAUUGCUUGGAUCUUAAAGAAGAUGAAGUUGAAAUCGAGGAUCCAGCUGAAACAAAAGAGAGUGAUCCGUCCAAAGUGGUUGAGGAAAGUAAAGUAAUGGAAACGGAAAUUCCACAAUUCGAGAAUUCGUUUAGACGUCCUUCACUUAGAAGGGGUACUAGCUUGAAGUGUGGUGGCGAUUUUUAUACUGAUACGGAAACAUAUUCUGCGUACGUGCCUUAUGAGGGCCAGCAUCGUGCUAAGCUAAUACGUCGACCUACAUCCUUGAAAAUGGAAGGCGAUUUUGACACUAUGACGGAGAAGUGCGAGAAAUUUAUUGAGUGGCUCAACGUUAGCCGACCGGAACUCAUGCGUGUACCCACUCACCUGAAGAUGGAGGGUGAGCUGGAAACAACAACGGAAAAUCAGGACAAGUACGUCCCGUUUGUGGGGGCACGAAGACCGGAAUUGUUGAGGCGAAGCACGAACUUAAAGCUCGAGGGGGAUACUUGUUUCAUGCCGGAAUAUACCGAUGUAUUUAGAGACUACAGCGCUAAAGAUAAACCGCAACCACAGAAACCUCAAACGCACUUAAAAGCUGGCGGAGACUUUUACCAAAACACAGAGAGCACCGAAAAUUUCGCCCAUCCUUGCGUUAAACAGGCACAAGAAAUGGCUGAACAGGCUAAAGAUAAUAGCGAAGGAGACAGAUGGAUGAGAAGGCAGGAGGAAGAGGAGCGGAGGAAAGAUGAAGAGAUGAAAAUGCUGGUGUCAAAGUUGGAAGACUUAAAUGGCCGGCCGCUCGAAAUUCCCGAGUACCGUGAUGCGUACAAGGAUUUUCCACGUGAACGACCGAAGAUCACGAAGCCGGAAGUCGAGAUAGGCCGCGCCGACGGCUCGAAGGUUACCUCGCCAUCACGCUCCAAGUUUUCCAUGAAGAUCGACCAGGACCCAGAGUACCAGUCCAAGUAUCUUGAUUAUCCCCGAGAUCGUCCUAUCUACCGUAAAUCACCGGCGAUGCUGCGACCAACCGGAGUGUCCUCUUCCGGUUGCAGUAGCGCAUGCUUCGGCAAGCCGAUUCAUCAGGAAUGUCGUACGUUUGGUUAUGAGCCCACUAGCGAGGUGAGAUCCCAGUAUGUUCCCUAUGGAUACGUACCGAGGGUCGAGACGCUGAAGAUGCCGAGCAAUCUGCGAUUGGAGGGCAAUCUCGAUCUUCGGCCGGAAUACAGGAACGUCUAUACAACCGCAAGAUACAACCGUCAAAGUUGCGACGAUCUUAGAACUGCUCAUGGCAGGGGUGAUCGUAGUCCGAGUAUGAAGAAAGAACAUUACUGGUUGAACACCGGUGAUUAUCGCGACAAAACGACUGUCGCGCAGCGACAGAAUUCUUUCUGCGUGUUAGACACGCGAAUCCACGAGGAGAAUGUCAUCGGGAAACCGCCGCCAGCUAGUAGAAGAAGUUCCAGGCUGUCUCAAGCCGCGGCGGCGCCGAGACCGACGCAGUUGGAGUUGAAGGAUCGCGCGAUCGUCACGAGGACGCGAUCUCCCAGUCCAACGUAUCGUCUGCACGUUUGCGAUGUCGACAAUGAGCGGCGAGGAUUCGGCCGACAGUUUUCCGGAAGAGUCCGCAGCCCCUCGGCCGACCGUGCGAUGAUUCAGGACGACGUCGCCAGGCCGUAUUCGCCGAGCUUUGGUAGAAACAGGCAGGAUCGUCGCGUUAACGAUCAACCGUUCGUAAUCCUAGACAACGCCUCGAAGAAUGUGUCGGGUAGAAGUACCGAUUACAGAAGACGUACCGACAGGAAUCUUGAUGUCCCGGUACCGGUCUCUCGAGGAAGACCUAAAACACCGUCCAGAUGGAUGCCGCCGUGGUACGACAAUACGAAUACGAUCUAGAGUUCGGACGAGAAAAAAAUGAAAAGGUAUACCCUAUAAAUCGAAACUGCCGUCUGAAAGUUUUACAUUAGGUGACGGACAUAGAACUGUGACGGUACCAUUUAACACUGCCUUUAAUUUUACAUAUAAAGUAACUAGAGUUAAUCAGCCAAAUUUAUUUUUAAAUAUACUUGUGUAUACUAUGACGCUGAGAAGCGGCUGCUCUAAUCCUUACAGAGAUUUUUAGCGGAAGCAAAUGCGACUAGAAACAGUCUUUGGUAGGUAUGUGUUUUUCCAAUGUCAAAUACAGAUACUUAGUUUUUAAUAUGAAAUAUCGAAUUAUAAGCGAUCUUUUUAUUAAAAAGAUAAUCGAUCACAUUUUAACCUAAAUAUGGAAUAGAGAUGAUUGGAUUUGUAAUCUAUAUUAUACAUUACAUAUUAAAAUUUAAAGAAUUAUUAUUAGUUAUCUAGUUCGAUGCCGAACUAAUCAAUUGUUAUAUGAAAGCAGUAGAUAAUAAGAAACUACAUUACUGCCAUUUGUUAAUCUAUACAUUAAUUAAAUAUAUAAACGAUGCCACCUUUAGAGGGUCUUCC